AUGUCAACUGAGAACAACGAUGAACAUGAAGCAGGAAAAGAAACUUUCGAUUUCACCAAAAUGUACAAAACUGUCCUAGAAAAAUCAGAGGUUCCUAAUAUUGAGAUUCCAUUUGCAGUUCAGGAUGUCAUCGGUAAGAUUGAGCAAGCACAGCUCCAGCGAGCCAGAGAGUAUCUUAAUAUGCAGCUGACAGACAUAAUGCAAAAUGUGAAGCGUAUAAUAAAUCGCUAUACUAUGAAUGAGAAUAUGCAUGCUGGAAGGAAAAUGUCCCUUAUAGAACAUAAGAAACGGAGAGGAAGCUUGCUGGAGAAAAUAGUUGCUUGUGCUAAGACUGCUGAAAUUAAAGACAAGACUCUUGCCUACAUUCUGGCCUGGUUGGAAGAAUGGAAUGUCACUUUGUCUGAGAUCACUGCAAUUGAUAUUGAAGAACACCAUCACUGUUUAGCACAAAUGGAGAUGUUACCAGAAACAUUCAAAGCUAUUGAGAGCAAUGUCAAGAUACUAAGCAGAAUUACUGCAUAUUUGCUUGAAGAAAAGAAGAAACAAAAGAAAAAAACAGCAUCUAGAAGUUCUCUAUGGAAAUCAUGGAAAGAAAGAGUUAUAAAGCGACCUGCAACAGCUCAUGCUUUAAGACCAGAUCAGAUGAUUAGUGAUCAAUUUGCCACAAAAACAAAGGUGUCAGAAAUCCAAGAUAUGCUUCAGGAACUCAUAGGUACUUCACUGUUCAAUAAACUGGAAAACAAUGCUAUUAAAUAUAUAUCAUCAACAACAGUAAACCUUUCUAAAGCUUUGAGUACACUAAAUGAUGAAGUGAAAGCUAUUAACCUCCAUACUUCUGAUACAUAUGCAAAUGAGACAGUUGAAAGAGAACAAGAGAUUUCCCUGAAGAUAAUAGAAGAUCUCAGUAAAAGAAAUGAAAUGCUUCAGCAAAAACUUCAAGAAGCAGAAGAAAAAUAUGAACACCUUAUUCGAUCCAAAGUUGUAGAGCACCAAGCAUUGCCCACAUCAACACAGAAAAUGUUACCUGAGCCUUCUCCACAAUCAACCAUUAGCCAAGCUGACACAGAAAACAGUUUAGACAGUAUUUUGACCAAAGAAUUUGAAAACAUGGUAAAUGAGGCCCCUCAAAAAGAGACCAAAGCCUUGGGAAUCAAGUCGGACUCAUCGCAAUUAUAUGCCGCCCAAGGUGAAACAACUCCAGAUUUAACUGACCAGCAGAAAAAGUCUUCUGGAGAGAUCACUGAAGAUAAGAUAUCAGUGAAGAAAGGUGGUGCCUUUCAGAAAGAUGGGGCUGAUGAGUUCCAGUCACAGAAAAAAAAGCGUACAAAAGGCCUGUCUGUGCAGGAGACCUCUGAAUCAAAUGUGAAUGAUGAUAAAGGUAAACAGAAAGUCACAGGGACCAAACUUGAUCACCACUUAGAAUUACAAACACUGGAUAAGAAGAGAAACGAAACAAAAUCCUUUCCUGAAGCCAAAUCAAAGUCACUCACUGAAUCAAAAAGUCAACAUUUUCCUUCUGAUUUCCCUUCUGACAAGAGUCAAGGUGGUAGAAGUGGAACAAGUGGUAAAGUGGAACAAGUGAGGGAGGCUAAAUCGGAACAUUUACAGAGUAAAAGUCAAAUGUCUUCAGAGAAUGAAGAGGAGCUCACCACUGAGCCAACAGACAAAGAUGGCAGAAAGGAGACGAGUAGCGCACCAGAGCCAUCCAGGUGGAGCAAACUUGAUCUUUCCUCUGAGAAAAUAAAAGGAAAGAAACACCGUAUCUCUCCAGGAAGCACUACAAGAAAAGAAGAAAAAUCUGAAGAGAAAGAUAUGUCAGUCUUCACGAAGAAAUUCAAGUCUCUUGAACUUGCUAAAUCAGGUGUUCCAGAUGACAAAAGUGAACAGAGUAACCUAGAAGAAUUUCAGAAAGCCAUAGAGUCAUUCCUUAAAGAGAAAAUUGAUAACAUAGGAAAGCCCUGGGAUAAAAAGACUGUGUCAAAAGAAGAGUUAUUAUCAAAAAGAUCAGAAGUUGAGAAAUUAGGAACCAUAAAGACAAAAAUGGAGGAAUAUUUCCAAAAAGUGGCUGAAACUGUGACAAAAAUCUUAAGAACAUACAAAGAUAUAAAAAAUGAAGGACAAAUUGGAGAGAAACCUUUGAAACUAAGAAAGGCAGUCUCAUUUAUGCCAGAACGGCAUUCUCAGGAACCAACUAGUGCACAGUCAGAAAUUAGCACCUUAAUUUCACAGGAGAGGCUUGACCCACUAACUGACAAUUUUAUAAGAAUGAUCUUGACUGAAAUAGAAAGUGAAAGGAAUGUUCCAGAAGCCUCUACAGUAGGGACAGACUAUAAAGAGAAGGAAAAACAAGAGCUAGAAGAAAGGAGGUUUGAGAUGAUAAAGAAGAAUUUGGAGAAGGAAGAGGCAUGGCUCCCAGUGAAGGAGGGAAAGCAAAGGCAACAGAAAGAGAAACAGUGGCAGGAAGAAGAGGUGUGGAAGGGACAGCAAAAACUCAAGAUACAAAAGCAGAUCGAGUCAGAUGAGAAGCAAAAGCAAAGAGAAGAAGAGAGAGAAGGGUAUCAGAAGUCAAAGCAGCAGCAGUUGGAGGCAUGGAAACAAACAACAAAACAACAAGGUGUGCCUUUGGAGAAGGAGAAAGGACAGCAGAUGAUGCAGGUUCAGAAGGAAGUGAGACUUCUGGAGCAAGAAAGCAGUUUGGAGAGAGAGGAGAAGCAGAAGGCAAGGAGAAAUGUAGGGGACUAUGAAAGUCAGAAGCAAAAUACUGCAAAGGAGAUGAAGACAUAUGAACAACUAGAAGGGGUGCUCAGUCAGACUUCAAUCACAUUGUCUCACAGGUGGGAGAGCACACAGAAAGACAUACCGCAGACACACCAAAGAACAGAUUUCACUGGGAACCUUAAGAAAUUAGGGGAUCUGGCUGAAGGAAAGCAUCGCAUUCCAAUCACUACUCCCAUCUCCACACAAUCCUCCUCACGUGGACCCUCUCCUCUUUCUGGACAGGCCCAGGCUCUGGGGAUUCCUGUUACUCCUCAGCAAGCUCAAGCUCAGGGCAUCAUGCUCACCCAUCAGCAGGUCAAGGCCUUGGGAGUCACUCUCACCCAUGAACAAGCUCAGGCACCAGGGAUUACUCUCACCCCUCAACAGGCCCAAGCACUGGGGAUUCUUGUCACCCCUCAGCAAGCUCAAGCUCAGGGCAUCACGCUCACCCCUCAGCAGGCCAAGGCACUGGGGGUCACACUUCCCCCUGAACAAGCUCAAGCAACAGGGUUCACCCUCACCCCUCAGCAGGCCCAAGCACUGGGGAUCAUUUUUACCCCUGAACAGGCUCAGACACCAGGGAUCACUCUGACCCCUCAGCAGGUCCUGGCACUGGGGAUUCCUGUCACCCCUCAGCAAAUCCAGGAAGUAAGGGUUUCUCUCACCCCUCAGCAGGCCCAGGCACUUGGGAUUGCUCUCACCCCUGAACAAGCUCAGGCACCAAGGAUCACUCUGACCCCUCAGCAAGCCCAGGCACUGGGGAUACCUGUCACCCUUCAGCAAAUUCAAGAAGUAGAUGCUUCUCUCACCCCUCAGCAGGCCCAGGCACUGGGGAUUCCUGUCCCCUCUCAGCAGAUACAGGAAGUGGGAGUUUCUCUCACCCCUCAGCAAGCCCAGGCACUGGGAACCAUUCUCACCCCUGAACAAGCUCAGGCACCAGGGAUCACUCUCACCCCUCAGCAGGUCCAGGCACUGGGGGUUCCUGUCACCCCUCAGCAAGUUCAAGCUCAGGGCAUCAGUCUUACCCCUCAGCAGGCCCAGGCACUGGGAACCAUUCUCACCCCUGAACAAGCUCAGGCACCAGAUAUCACUCUUACCCCACAACAGGCCCAGGCACUGGGGAUUUCAGUCACCCCACAGCAUAUCCCGGAUGUGGGGGCUUCUCUCACUCCUCAACAGGCUCAGGCUUUGGGGAUUCCUAUCACUCAGUGGGCUGAAGCUCAGGGCAUCACUCUCACCCCUCAGCAAGCCCAGGCACUUGGGAUCACUCUCACCCCUGAACAAGCUCAGGCAUCAGGGAUCACUCUCACCCCUCAGCAGGCCCAGGCACCGGGGAUCACUCUCACCCCUGAACAAGCUCAGGCACCAGGGAUCACUCUCACCCCUCAGCAGGCCCAGGCACCGGGGAUCACUCUCACCCCUGAACAAGCUCAGGCACCAGGGAUCACUCUCACCCCUCAGCAGGCCCAGGCACCGGGGAUCACUCUCACCCCUGAACAAGCUCAGGCACCAGGGAUCACUCUCACCCCUCAGCAGGCCCAGGCACUGGGGAUCACUCUCACCCCUGAACAAGCUCAGGCACCAGGGAUCACUCUCACCCCUCAGCAGGCCCAGGCACCGGGGAUCACUCUCACCCCUGAACAAGCUCAGGCACCAGGGAUCACUCUCACCCCUCAGCAGGCCCAGGCACUGGGGAUCACUCUCACCCCUGAACAAGCUCAGGCACCAGGGAUAACUCUCACCCCUCAGCAGGCCCAGGCACUGGGGAUCACUCUCACCCCUGAACAAGCUCAGGCAUCAGGGAUCACUCUCACCCCUCAGCAGGCCCAGGCACUUGGGAUCACUCUCACCCCUGAACAAGCUCAGGCACCAGGGAUCACUCUCACCCCUCAGCAGGCCCAGGAAGUGGGGAUUUCUCUCACCCCUCAACAGGCUCAGGCACUAGGGAUUCCUAUCACCCCUCAGCAGGGUGAAGCUCACAGUCUGACUCUCACCCCUCAGCAGUUUCAGGAUUUGGGGAUCCCUGCCACCCCUCAGGGCAUCAUCUUUACCCCUCAGCAGGCCCAGGCAUUGGGGAUCCAUGUGACCCCUGAACACGCCCGUGCCCUGGGGAUGCAUGUCACCUCUGAGCAGGCCCAUGCACUAGGGAUCACUCUCACUCCUGAUCAGGCCCAGGCACCUUGGGUGUCUCUCACUUCUCAACAGGUCCAGGCACUGAGGAGCCACAUCACCCCUGAGCAGGCACAGGCUCAGGGCAUCACUCUUACCCCUCAGCAGUCUCAGGCACUGAGAAUCCCUGUCAUCAUUCCACAGCCUCAGGAUUUGGGGGCCCCAUUCACUUUGGGACAGGCUCAAGCAUUGGGGAUUUCUCUCUCUCAUGAACAGUUUGCAAAAUUAGGGGUUCCUCUCACCUCAGAUAAAGUGUAUGCCUUAGAAUAUCCCCACAUCCCAGAACAAAUCCAACCUUUGGAAGCUCCUUUCACCCCAGGGGAGGCCUGGUCCAUGGGUAUUACUGUUAGGUCUGUGCAGGACCUAACAUCAAGAACUCCUCUUUUUAAGGAGCACCCCUUACCACCCUGGGCUAGUCCUCCUUCAGGACAUACACUGAAAACUGGGAUCUCUUCCAUUACUGAUAAAUCUGUCACAAAACAUGCUCCUCACACUCCUAACGAGUCCCCAGUAUCAUCUGCUGCUAUUGCUGAGGAGUCCCCUGUAUUUGAGGUGCCUUCUACUCCUUUCCGUAUGUCAAGGUUUCCUCUUCAACAAGCCCCCUCUGAGAAAUUCUUGGGAAUGAGGAUUCCUUCAGACCCUGGGAAGCCCCUGGCACCACAGACUUCUCCUUCCUCCAGACAGACCCUAAUGUCUAAGGAUCUAUCAACCUCUGUUCCAUUCCCAGCACCAGUUCCCAGUCCAAUAUCUGGGCUCUCUCCCACUCCACAACAGCCCCUUAUAUCUGGAGUCCCAGUCACCUCUGUGCAGAUUCCCCAAAUCUGGGCUCCUCUCUCUCCUAGGAAGCACUUGGUUUCUGGGACUACUUCCAUCCCUCAGGAGCUCUUGAAAUCUGGACCCUUAACACUCUCUGAGCAGUUUCAGGCAUCCCAGACCUUUGCCACUCAUAAGCAAUCUCCUGGGUUACAAGCCCCUUCUACCCUUGGGCAGCAUCUGCCACCAAGGACCCUUCCUGGGCAAGCUUCCCCUCUAUGGGUCUCUCCCACCCCUGGGCGUCCCCUAACACCAUUGACUCCCUCAACCCCUGAAAAGCCACAGAAAGAUUUGUCCUCUGCUGUCUCUGAGAAAAGGAAGGAAAGAUUGUCAAUUAUUUCUUCUCUGAAAUUGAAAUCAGUAUCAGUCCAUCCCAGUGCUCCAAGUUUCAAGGUAAUUCAAGCCCCUUUCACCACUAAGAAGUUCCAAACAGCAGAGGUCUCUGACACUUCUGAAGAAAUCCAGAUACCUGAAGAUCAUUUUGCCGUGGAACGAUUUAGAAUGUUUAAGUCCCAUCUCACCGAUUACAAGACACCAGUAUCUCAAGCCCCUUAUGCUGAUGAGGGGACCCUUCCUACUACUCUCAUUAAGCCUGUAACUCCACUACCUUCUCUUAUUACUACUCAACUACUCAAAACACGGCAGAGCUCACCUUCUGAAUGGGACCAAAAAUCCCAACUUCCCCCUAUCAAUAAGCCCUGGGUACUGACUUCAGUUUCAGAUACCAGGCAACCCAAGAUGAUGGUGCCCACUUCCUAUCCCCAAGAGCUCAAAGAACAGAACUAUUUUGUUGAUGUGGAGGCUCAGCGGAAGAACCUGAUACUCUUAAAUCAGGCCACAAAAGCUUCUAUACUCCCUUCACAGCUACACACAGAAGCUAGGAAUCUCAUAAUUGAGACACUUCGUACAGACAAAGUUCGGCUGGGAUACCUAUUCCGCAAGUACAAUGCCUAUAGACUGAUCCAGCGUGCAAGGAACAACAUAAUUAAACGAUUACUAGCCAUCCAGGAUACUGGAAGAAGUUAUGAGACCCAGAACCUCUACAUAAUGCUGAAGAGGAUUGAUGAUUAUCAAAAAAAGGUGAUGCAGAUCUGGACAGAGAAGCAGAAUUCUCUAGAGCAGAAACGGAUUCAGUGCCUAAGGAAAAUGAUGUACUUUUUCAGCCAGCUUCAAGAGAUAUAUAAACUGAAUCUCGAUCAACCUAUCCCUUUGGUCGUUGAAAAAAAGCAAAUACCUGCCUCUACCAAAUCUGUUCAACAGCCAUGUUCAAAGCUACUGAAAGAAGAGAACAGGAAGUAUAACAUUCUCAAUAAAUUUAGAAAAGACAACCAACUGCAAGCCAUCUGGAAUGCAGAUCUAUCCACUUCGAGUUACCCAAUAACAGAGAAGACAUCAAUGCAUUCACUCUGGGCGCAGCUGGGUGGGUACCCAGAUAUUCCUAUGCUGCUUCAGUUAGAUGUUCAGUCAGCCUUCAUAAGAUCUCUUACAUGUAUUCAAUCAAGAACUUACCCCAAAGGCACCAAGAACCUGAAAGCAGAGUUUAUAAGCAGUCCCACGAAAACGCAGCCGCGCCCUUCACGGCUCCUACGCCGCGACGCGGAGCACAGCGAACAGCUUCAAGCAGCAAACACGCAACCAGCGGCGCGCACGCCCACCCCGAGGCCGCGCAGGAGGCGGGCCGACGUGCGCGCCUCCGCGGCUGUGGGCGGGGUCCGGGGCGGGGCUCUGAGCCGGACCGGGGCGGGGCCGCAGAGAGCUGUAGGUGUUGCAGCUAGGUCGCGACAGGUGCGCGAGGCAGAACGCCAGGGACCCGUGGCGGGGCUGAUAGCAGCGCAGAAGACGAGACCGCUUUUAGCCAGGUAA